UGUUUUGACAGGUGCUGCAUCUACAUGGAAGCACAGAAUUUUACACAGGUCUCAGAAUUCCUCCUCAUUGGACUCUCAGAUGAUCCAGAACUGCAGCCCCUUCUCUUUGGGCUCUUCCUGUCCAUGUACCUGGUAGCCAUGUUUGGGAACCUGCUCAUCAUCCUGGCUGUCAUCUCUGACUCCCACCUCCACACUCCCAUGUACUUCUUCCUCUCCAAUCUGUCCUUAGCUGACAUUGGUUUCAUCACCACCACAGUCCCCAAGAUGCUGGUAAAUAUCCAGGCACACAGCAAGUCCAUCACCUAUGCAAACUGUCUAACUCAGGUGUCCUUUUUUUUCUUUUUGGGGUGUUUGGACAAUCUACUCCUGGCUGUGAUGGCCUAUGACCGAUUGGUGGCCAUCUGUCACCCCCUACACUACCCACUCAUCAUGAAACCCCGCCUCUGUGGCUUGUUGGUUCUGCUGUCAUUUUUCAGCAGCCUUUUGGACUCCCUGAUUAACUCCUUGAUGGUGUUGCAACUCACCUUCUGCACAAGUGUGGAAAUCCCUAAUUUCUUUUGUGAUGUUCCUCAACUUCUCCAUCUUGCCUGUUCUGAUACUUCCAUCGAUAAGAUAAUAAUCUAUUUUAUUGGUGCCAUUUUUGGUGGUAUUCCCGCCUCAGGGAUCCUUUACUCCUAUACACAAAUUGUUUCCUCCAUUCUGAGAGUCCCAUCAGCAGAUGGAAAGUACAGAAACUUUUCUACCUGUGGCUCUCAUCUAGUAGUUGUUUGCUUAUUUUAUGGAACAGCCCUUGGUGCGUACCUCAGCUCAGCCAUCUCACAGUCUCCCAGGAAGGAUGCAGUAGCCUCAGUGAUGUACACCAUAGUCACCCCAAUGUUUAACCCCUUCAUCUAUAGCCUGAGGAACAAGGACACCAAGAGGGCCUUGUGGAAGAUUAUCAGCAGAAUAGCCUAA